AUGAUUAGAACAGGAAGUGGAGCAAAAGUUACCAUUGCUUUCAAAAUGUCUGGAACAAAUGAACAAGAUGAUAACCAGGUAGAUUAUCUUAUAGAUGAUAACAAGGUAGAUUAUCUUAUAGAUGAUAACAAGGUAGAUUAUCUUAUAGAUGAUAACAAGGUAGAUUAUCUUAUAGAUGAUAACAAGGUAGAUUAUCUUAUAGAUGAUAACCAGGUAGAUUAUCUUAUAGAUGAUAACAAGGUAGAUUAUCUUAUAGAUGAUAACAGGGUAGAUUAUCUUAUAGAUGAUAACAAGGUAGAUUAUCUUAUAGAUGAUAACAAGGUAGAUUAUCUUAUAGAUGAUAACAAGGUAGAUUAUCUUAUAGAUGAUAACCAGGUAGAUUAUCUUAUAGAUGAUAACAAGGUAGAUUAUCUUAUAGAUGAUAACAGGGUAGAUUAUCUUAUAGAUGAUAACAAGGUAGAUUAUCUUAUAGAUGAUAACCAGGUAGAUUAUCUUAUAGAUGAUAACAAGGUAGAUUAUCUUAUAGAUGAUAACAGGGUAGAUUAUCUUAUAGAUGAUAACAAGGUAGAUUAUCUUAUAGAUGAUAACAAGGUAGAUUAUCUUAUAGAUGAUAACAAGGUAGAUUAUCUUAAAGAUGAUAACAAGGUAGAUUAUCUUAUAGAUGAUAACAAGGUAGAUUAUCUUAUAGAUGAUAACCAGGUAGAUUAUCUUAUAGAUGAUAACAAGGUAGAUUAUCUUAUAGAUGAUAACAGGGUAGAUUAUCUUAUAGAUGAUAACAAGGUAGAUUAUCUUAUAGAUGAUAACAAGGUAGAUUAUCUUAUAGAUGAUAACAAGGUAGAUUAUCUUAUAGAUGAUAACCAGGUAGAUUAUCUUAUAGAUGAUAACAAGGUAGAUUAUCUUAUAGAUGAUAACAGGGUAGAUUAUCUUAUAGAUGAUAACAAGGUAGAUUAUCUUAUAGAUGAUAACAAGGUAGAUUAUCUUAUAGAUGAUAACAAGGUAGAUUAUCUUAUAGAUGAUAACAAGGUAGAUUAUCUUAUAGAUGAUAACAAGGUAGAUUAUCUUAUAGAUGAUAACAAGGUAGAUUAUCUUAUAGAUGAUAACAAGGUAGAUUAUCUUAUAGAUGAUAACAAGGUAGAUUAUCUUAUAGAUGAUAACAAGGUAGAUUAUCUUAUAGAUGAUAACAAGGUAGAUUAUCUUAUAGAUGAUAACAAGGUAGAUUAUCUUAUAGAUGAUAACAAGGUAGAUUAUCUUAUAGAUGAUAACAAGGUAGAUUAUCUUAUAGAUGAUAACAAGGUAGAUUAUCUUAUAGAUGAUAACAAGGUAGAUUAUCUUAUAGAUGAUAACAAGGUAGAUUAUCUUAUAGAUGAUAACAAGGUAGAUUAUCUUAUAGAUGAUAACAAGGUAGAUUAUCUUAUAGAUGAUAACAAGGUAGAUUAUCUUAUAGAUGAUAACAAGGUAGAUUAUCUUAUAGAUGAUAACAAGGUAGAUUAUCUUAUAGAUGAUAACAAGGUAGAUUAUCUUAUAGAUGAUAACAAGGUAGAUUAUCUUAUAGAUGAUAACAAGGUAGAUUAUCUUAAAGAUGAUAACAAGGUAGAUUAUCUUAUAGAUGAUAACAAGGUAGAUUAUCUUAUAGAUGAUAACCAGGUAGAUUAUCUUAUAGAUGAUAACAAGGUAGAUUAUCUUAUAGAUGAUAACAGGGUAGAUUAUCUUAUAGAUGAUAACAAGGUAGAUUAUCUUAUAGAUGAUAACAAGGUAGAUUAUCUUAUAGAUGAUAACAAGGUAGAUUAUCUUAUAGAUGAUAACAAGGUAGAUUAUCUUAUAGAUGAUAACAAGGUAGAUUAUCUUAUAGAUGAUAACAAGGUAGAUUAUCUUAUAGAUGAUAACAAGGUAGAUUAUCUUAUAGAUGAUAACAAGGUAGAUUAUCUUAUAGAUGAUAACAAGGUAGAUUAUCUUAUAGAUGAUAACAAGGUAGAUUAUCUUAUAGAUGAUAACAAGGUAGAUUAUCUUAUAGAUGAUAACAAGGUAGAUUAUCUUAUAGAUGAUAACAAGGUAGAUUAUCUUAUAGAUGAUAACAAGGUAGAUUAUCUUAUAGAUGAUAACAAGGUAGAUUAUCUUAUAGAUGAUAACAAGGUAGAUUAUCUUAUAGAUGAUAACAAGGUAGAUUAUCUUAUAGAUGAUAACAAGGUAGAUUAUCUUAUAGAUGAUAACAAGGUAGAUUAUCUUAUAGAUGAUAACAAGGUAGAUUAUCUUAUAGAUGAUAACAAGGUAGAUUAUCUUAUAGAUGAUAACAAGGUAGAUUAUCUUAUAGAUGAUAACAAGGUAGAUUAUCUUAUAGAUGACAACAAGGUAGAUUAUCUUAUAAAUAAAGUAAAUAAAGCUCUGAUCUUAGAAACUGAUAACAUGAAAGGGUAUGUAGUAGAUAACAUGAAAGUAAAUGUAGUAGAUAACACAAAAGUGUAUGUAGUAGAUAACAUGAAAGGGUAUGUAGUGGAUAACAUGAAAGGGUAUGUAGUGGAUAACAUGAAAGAGUAUGUAGUGAAUAACAUGAAAGAGUAA